AUGGGUCGCACCCCGUUAUCAUCUGUUAUUAUUGAAUCUAUUCGUCUUUUUGCGGCACCUGCUAUCCUCGAUCCGACCAGUACCGCUUUAACGGAUGAACAGUGUCGUACUUGCUGGAAUGAAUUUGUGAAUGAUUCCGUGAAAGUUUUCCUCAGCGUAAUUCAGAUGUUUGGACAGAAUCUAGCAAGGCAACGUGAAAAAAUUAUUAAUUGCAUCGAGGAUUUUUCGGCGCUGCAUACUGAGGAGUCAUCAGCAAGCCUCUCUUUAACCUCAUUCGUCCUGUUGCAUACAUUGUCGCUCAUCAGAUAUCAUUUUUAUCUGUCAUUCUACUUGGAUCUUUUUGCUCCAUUUGAAUAUCCAUACGUUUAUUGGUAUUUGGGUGGAGUGGUGCUAAAGUGGCUUGUCAAUACGUUCGAUCGUUCCGUCACGCUCAUCGCUGCCGGCGAAAAAAGAAGUAUAGCUUUCCAAACUUUUCAUUUUUCCACCGCACUUUUUUAUUUCCUUUAUUCCUUGGCAGGAACAAGCACAAAAUAG